ACAACACAAGCCACCCGAAUGAGAAAAAGAAACAGAAACAAGAACUUUCUCAUGCACAGAAUCUUCUCUCUUAUCUCACCAUUUCUGAUCUCUUACUAUGGAAACCAUUCUCUCCCCUCCUUCUCUUUGUCCUCUCUUCAACCCCAAAACAGCUUCCCUUUCAAAGCCUUUUCUUCCCCUCUCUCACUUACCUAGAUCAAGUUCAAUAAGUUCAGCUAAGCCAAUUUGCUGCAGCCUCAAGAAACAAGCUUCCAAGAUUGACAAAGACUCAUCUUUUUCAAUACCCAAAAGUUGGUUUUCCAGUGUUCAGCAAGGAUUAGCUGCUGUAGCUAUUUCUUUAGCCCUCAAUUUUUGUCCAGUUGUGUUAUCUGGUUCUGCAUUGGCUUCUGAAUUUGAUGUGCUAAAUGAAGGUCCUCCAAAGGACUCCUAUGUGGUCGAUGAUGCUGGUGUACUUAGUAGGGUGACAAAGUCUGAUUUGAAGGCAUUGUUGUCUGAUGUGGAGAAGAGAAAAGGCUUCCACAUUAAUUUCAUCACUGUCCGCAAACUCACUUUUUCUCAUAAAUCCUUUGUGAAACUUAAGUGCUGGUAGGCCUAAACCUGUAAAUUANCGAGUGUUGAGCAAGGAAAUGACAAGGGUAUAGUUGUGCUCAUUACAAGUCAAAAGGAAGGCGCGAUAACUGGUGGUCCUGAAUUUGUAAAGGCUGUUGGAGACACUGUUCUUGAUGCUACUGUCUCAGAGAACCUUCCAGUCUUGGCUACUGAAGAGAAGUACAAUGAAGCAAUUUACAGCACUGCCAAACGUCUUGUUGCUGCCAUUGAUGGCCUUCCUGAUCCUGGGGGUCCCCAGCUCAAGGAUAAUAAAAGAGAAUCCAAUUUCAAAUCCAGAGAGGAAACAGAUGAGAAAAGAGGACAAUUCACACUUGUCGUUGGUGGCUUGUUAGUGAUUGCUUUCGUUGUUCCCAUGGCUCAAUACUAUGCAUAUGUUUCAAAGAAGUGAACUGUCUGAUUCUGGAAGAUUUCAUUUUGACUUGAGUAAGCAUGUAUAUUAUCUUGUACAAAUGGUCUAUUUUGAAAUGACUGAUUCAUGAGAAAUUUUAAAAAGGAUAAAAAU